UAUUUUUUUCUGUGUCAAAUAAAAGAAAAUAAAAGGAUAGGUGGAGGGGAAGUGCGCCGGAGCGGUCGAAGAAUGGCAACGGGAGGCAAUCUGAAGGGCGUGGCGAUCGUCAGCGGCGGCGACGCCGUCCGAGGUUCUCUUCACUUCAUCCACGACACGUCCACCGGGUACACGCAUGUGAGGGGGAAGAUCAGCGGACUCGCGCCUGGUCUCCAUGGCUUCCACAUCCAUUCUUUUGGUGAUACCACCAACGGCUGCAACUCCACUGGACCUCAUUUUAAUCCGCUGAAUAAAUCUCAUGGGGCUCCACGUGAUGAGGAACGUCAUGCGGGUGACCUGGGAAACAUUGUAGCCAACCAAGAUGGAGUAGCUGAAGUAUACUUGAAAGAUCUACAGAUUCCUUUAUGCGGACCAAAUUCAAUUUUGGGAAGGGCAGUCGUGGUUCAUGCUGAUCCUGAUGACCUAGGCAGAGGAGGUCACCAACUCAGUAAAUCCACUGGUAACGCGGGCGCCAGAAUCGGAUGCGGAAUCAUUGGUCUUCAGUCGGCAGUUUGAUGAUGGUUUAUACAUAUGCACGAACCACUGUCAUGGUUUCUCUCUACUGCCUUUAGAAGACGCAAAACAAUUACCAUGGGCCAGCCGGUACUUGUGAAUAAGUAAACUGAAACAUGCUCGUAAAAUUUCAUAGACCUCUUGUAAUGAUGAGCAUAUUGAUUACUGCUGCAAAUUAAGUUCAAGAAAUUGCAAGUUAAUGGCUUGGAACUCCA